CAAAAUAAAUGAGAUAAGGAAUUUAAAAAAAAAACACAGAGUGAGAGAUGUUUGUGUGCAGUCUGCCGCAGGACAAAAUUGCCAGCUCAGAAAGGAAGAGGAAGGCUCUGAGACGGAACGAGAGUGAACGGUGCUCUUGUUAUGCAUUUGCUUAUGUUGUGUGCGUGCCAAGACUUCAGUAGAAUGCCUGGAGAAUUGGGAAAAUGGUCGUCGAGAUUCCUCCUUUUUACGCCCUUGGUAUUCCCUCUCUGUGAAUAUAUUAAGACAAAGAUGAUUGACAGGUCGAUGCUGGAAGCAAUGCAGACAUUGGAGGCCGCUGAACUGGAGGCAUCAAAGAACGAGCCGGAGAUGCCUGGGCAGGGAGCGGGAGCUAUAGGCAUCUCUCCGGAGAUGUCUUCCCUGUGUGCAGCAAUCAACUACAAGAAGGACGGCAACGAUUGCUUCUACAAGCGUAGAUACGUGGAGGCCAUAGAUUUGUACAGUAAGGCCAUCGAGAAGUGCCCCAAGGAGCACACCGAGCAGUUGGCCAUCUUCUAUCAAAACCGUGCAGCCUGUCACCAGAUUCUCCAGAACUGGACUCAAGUAAAGAAAGAGUGCGCUAAAGCGCUGGAGUACAAUCACCGCUAUGCCAAGGCCUAUUACCGUCGGGCACGUGCAUACGAGGCCACCAGUGACCUCGAGAAGUGCCUGAUCGAUAUCACAGCCACGUGUCUUUUGGAGGACUGCAGGAACAAGGAGACCAUUAAGCUAAGGGAUAGCGGGAAAAAGAAGUUGGCCACUGCCGAUGCCAAAAGGCGAAUGGACAACCUGGGAACAGCUCUGCCAUCAAAGCGCUGCAUUCCUCCCUUGCGCGGGUUACUUCGCGCCCACCGUGCUUUCAUCGAAGAGCGGUUCGAGGAUGUUAUCUCCGCCUGCACCGAGGAGAUUGAAUCAGCCACAGAGGCUGACUCCCAGUACAAGUUGCAGGCCCUGUUCAUGCGCGGCACACUCCAUCUACUUUGUGGCUCCACCCAUGAGAGCAGACGGGACUAUAUGGCUGUACUCGCCAAUCUCAGCGCGUAUGACAAUUUGCGUAUCUAUACGCAAGUUAGGUGUGCAAUGUACGAUAGUACCAUACCAUAUCUGGAUAUACCUAAUGCUUAAAAAUUCUUCUUAAAAUGUAUAUGUAUA